CCUCUUUUGUAGUACAGGAACCCAACAGCCUCCGUUCUGUCCUCUUGCCACGUCAAGUCCGUCGUAGGCUGCUUGUCAAGCCUCCCCUCCGGCCCAUGUGAGGCUUAACGCUGCAUGCAUGAGAUCGUGUCGUCCCUAUCACUGAACCCUGCCGCCGUCCCAAAAGGGAACGUUGAUGCACCUGCCUAUGCUCCGUACCGAUCAGUUAUGUCAUGUCUCGACUGCGAGAGGUAGACUGGCGACCAGCCCGUUCCUCUCCUUGUCGUCCCCGACGUAUACUCCUCGUUGUAUUAGACAUGAGGGCCCAGACUACUGAUCCCGUCACUGGUAUGACGGAGCGCGCUGUGUUUGCUGAUCUGGACCCAAGCAGGGCGGUGGCGACCUGGGGCUUUAUGGACGUCGUCGACCACUAUAGCCGGCCAGAUCUCCUAUGGCUGGGCGUGGAUAACGGUAGAGGGAAGUCGUCGCCCAUCCAAGUCGGUGGAUAGCCGUGAGAAGAAAUAGGAGGAUAUUCGAUAAGUGUUAGGGCUAGGCAUAUGCCUUAGGUGAC